GGAAUUGAGGAUUAUACUCCCAACGUUAUAUGAUUAAUGUGCUAUACGCAUAAUAAUAUUAGUAAUUUUGAUUAACCAAAAUAUGUUUGGUCCGUAAUAUUUAUCAUAUUAGUAAUGCCACUUGCUGGACUUGGAGAAUCAGUCGAUCCUUGGAAACGAGUAUCGAUACAACCGGAACCAGAGAAUUUGAAUAACGCAAACAACAUGGUUGUUGGUACAUCCAAAUCAAAACCCAUACCAUUUGGGCAACCAAACUCGACUGGAUUGUACAUGAAUUUAUCUAAAGUGGAUAAGAAUUAUGAAAUAGUAGAUGAUACCUAUGAUGAUCAUAAUGAAGAAAACACUAUUGACUCGGAUGAUAAUAAUGGCCAUGAAAUUGAACUUAAAGAACUUAUAAAAGAAGGUCAUGAAAGAGCUGAUCGGUCACAAUUUGAAUUGCUUAAGGUUCUUGGGCAGGGAUCAUUUGGCAAAGUAUUCUUAGUAAGAAAAAUUGCUGGCCCUGAUAAUGGAACACUUUAUGCAAUGAAAGUUCUAAAAAAAGCUACGCUUAAAGUGAGAGACAGAAUAAGGACAAAAAUGGAACGCAACAUUUUAGUUGAUGUGCGUCAUCCUUUCAUUGUACGUUUACAUUACGCAUUUCAAACGGAAGGAAAACUAUAUCUUAUACUAGACUUCUUACGUGGAGGAGAUCUUUUUACUAGACUUUCUAAAGAAGUAAUGUUUACUGAAGAAGACGUUAAGUUUUAUUUAGCUGAAUUGGCAUUAGCUCUUGAUCACAUUCAUAGUCUUGGCAUUAUUUAUAGAGAUUUAAAACCUGAAAAUAUUUUAUUGGAUGCUGAUGGACAUAUAUCUUUAACUGAUUUUGGCUUAAGUAAACUACCUUUAGAUGAUCAAAAAGCUUAUUCGUUUUGUGGUACAGUUGAGUAUAUGGCACCUGAAGUUGUUAACCGUAAAGGGCAUUCUUUUGUUGCUGAUUGGUGGUCUUUUGGAGUUUUGAUGUAUGAAAUGUUAACUGGCUCAUUACCAUUUCAAGGAGCAAAUCGUAAAGAAACUAUGGCUCAAAUAUUAAGAGCUAAACUUGGCAUGCCACAAUUUCUUUCAAAUGAAGCUCAAAGCUUGUUACGUGUUCUUUUUAAAAGAAAUCCUAGUAAUCGCUUGGGUGCAGCGGGUAUACAAGAGCUAAAAGACCACUCAUUCUUUGCAUCAAUUGAUUGGGACAAACUUUAUCUCAAAGAAAUUCAUCCACCGUUUAAACCUGCAGUCAGUAGAGCAGAUGAUGCUUUCUAUUUUGAUAGUGAAUUUACUUCUAAAACUCCAAAAGAUUCUCCUUGUGUUCCUCCAAGUGCUAAUGCACAUGAGUUGUUUAGAGGUUUUAGUUUUGUUGCACCUUGUUUAAUUGGAGAUGAAGAGAACAAUGGUAAUCAACAAGUGUCAAAUGUACCUGUUAAAGUGACUGAACCAUAUUCAAAGUUACCAUAUAAUAAAAGAAAUGCAGCUGAUGAGUAUGAGCUAAAACAAGAAAUAGGUCGAGGUAGUUAUUCUUCAUGCAGACUUUGUGUUCAUAAAACCAGUCGUAUAGAGUAUGCAGUGAAAAUAAUAGAUAAAUCUAAAAAAGACUGUCAAGAAGAAGUAGAAAUUCUUUUACGAUAUGGGCAUCACAAUAAUAUAGUUACUUUAAGAGAUGUAUAUGAAGAUGAAAAGGCUGUUUACUUAGUUAUGGAGUACAUGAGAGGUGGUGAGUUACUUGAUAGGCUUCAUAAACUUAAAUAUUUUUCUGAAAGAGAAGCUAGUGCUAUAAUGCAAGUAAUUACAUCAACAAUAUGUUACCUUCAUAAAAAUGGAGUUGUACAUAGAGAUCUUAAGCCUUCUAAUAUUUUAUACGCUAAAGAUAUUGCAUUACCAGAUGCUUUACGAAUAUGUGAUUUUGGAUUUGCAAAGCAACUGCGUGCAGAGAAUGGCCUCUUAAUGACUCCUUGUUACACUGCUAAUUUUGUUGCACCUGAAGUUUUAAAAAGACAAGGGUAUGACGCUGCUUGUGAUAUCUGGUCAUUAGGUGUAUUAUUGUAUACCUUGUUAGCAGGGUAUACACCAUUUGCUAGUGGUCCUGAUGAUACACCUUCAGAAAUUUUGAAUCGUAUAGGAAAUAGCAGCUUAGACUUAAAAUCUGGAAAUUGGAGUGUUAUUUCUAUAGAAGCUAAGGAAUUAGUUAAAAAAUUACUACACAUAGAUCCUCGCCAAAGACCAACUGCUAGCCAAAUAUUAUUAAGUCCGUGGAUUAUGAACAGAGAUAAAUUGCCAACUCAUCAAAUUCAAUUACAAGAGUCUUAUAAAAUAAAAGGUGCUAUGGAAGCUACAUACCGAGCUGUUAGUCAAUCGCCACCAACGCCUAAUUUAGGACCAGUAGUUUUAAGUCAGCUAGCACAAAGAAGGCAUAAAUCACGGCCAAAAUAAUUAGUCAAUAGUAAUUAAAAUAAACAUUAAAUAUAUUAAAUAUUGUAUUCCUUUUUAUUCUAUUUCUUUAUUAUGUUAAUAUAUUGUCUAGGCUUGAGAAUGUUUCAUUAUUUUCGAUUUAGAAUAUAGUUGUAUUAAUGUAAUUAAAUAUUCAAAUUAUCUUUUCUAUUUUACAUUGUACUAAAUUUUUACAUUGUUAUUAUUCUUAUUUUGUUAUCAAAAAGUCUUAGCCUCCCUAGUUUUGAGCAGCAGAAACUGCUUUAUCAUCAUUGACAAUAUUAUGUAACUAUAAUGACUAUAAAUAUUAUAUAAUACAUUAACAGUAUUAAACAUUCCUUAAAUAAUUGUUUUUAUUAUGUUUGAAUUACAUUUUGUAAUGAAAAUUAAAUCAAUUUAGCUAUUUGGAUACAUUUUUUUUGUAUUUUUGAAAAUAUUAAAUUGUUUUGAAGUGUUAAAAA